AGCCUAGUGGGCAUCUUUCCUGUACCACAUUUCCUUUCUUUCUUUCUCUUUCUCUUUCUCUCACUGUGUAUUUCGUAACUGAAAAUGGGUUUAAAAGAUCUGGCACUGGCAAUUCUGCUGUUGAUGCUAGUCGGUUGUGGAAGUUCAGAUUUUGCGCAAGACAGAGCAGAAUGCGCAAACCAGCUUGUGGGUCUGGCCACCUGUCUUCCAUAUGUGGGUGGAACUGCGAAAACCCCCACUCUAGACUGCUGCACAGGGCUCAAGUCAGUGCUAGAUAAGAGCAGGAAAUGCCUGUGUGUCCUUAUAAAAGAUCGUGAUAACCCCGACCUUGGCAUCAAAUUCAAUGCCACUCUUGCUGCUUUUCUUCCCGCUGCUUGCCAUGCCCCUGUUAAUGUCACUGAAUGUAUUGAUCUUCUACACUUGCCUCCAAGCUCGCCGGAUGCUAAGGUGUUUGCAGGAUUUGCAAACGUUACCGGAGGGAAUGGCACUACUACCGCUGUUGCUACAAGUGGGAACUCAACAAAUAGUGGAACAAGUGCAGAGGAAAAGAGUGGAGGUGAAAUGGCAAUGACUUCUAAGUGGGUUGGAGGAGAGAUCAUUUGUGGAUUUUUGCUAUGGGCUCUGAUAUCUUUUGGUGUUUGAUAUCUCAAUGAGCUUUUUAAAGAGGAUGAAGAUUGCAGAUUGAAGACUAAUUGUAUGUUAUAAAAAUUAUGGCACAACUUCUAUUCUAUAAUCUCUAGCUUUCCAAUUGUUAGGUGGGUUGUUGUAUGAAAUUGGUUUUGGGUUGUCAAUAAUUAUUCUUACUAGGGUCAUGUUAUGUUCAGUCAUUACAUUUUCAACUACAUUUUUAAUUAGAGGGUUCUACAAUUACUAAA